CCGGAAGCGAGGAGAAGCGCUUCCGCCUCGGCCGUUGCCAUGGCGGCGGGGUCACGUGGGCGGGGAGCUGCGCCCGCCGCCAUUUGGGGGUCCGCCUCACCUCCGCGGCCUGAGCGGCUUUUUGUCCCCUUCUGCACGGCGUGGAGGACGAUGAAGGCCUUUGGAAAAGUGCUCUGUGCUGCAGGGAGCCUGGCUGUGCUGCUUGCCUUCUUCUGGAGGGACACCUUCCAGCCAGCAGAGCAGCUUUCUGGUGCCCGCGUCCUGCUGACCGGAGCCAGCGCUGGGAUUGGGGAGCAGAUGGCCUAUCACUAUGCCACGUUUGGGGCUGAAAUUGUUCUGACCGCCAGGAGGGAAGCUGUGCUGCAGGAGGUGAUGGAGAAAUGCCUGACCCUCGGAGCAAAGAAAGUCUUCUCCAUCCCAGCUGAUAUGUCUUCCCCUUCAGAGCCUGACAGGGUGGUUCAGUUCGCUGUCCAAAAACUGGGAGGGCUGGAUUACCUGGUGCUGAACCACAUUGGCAUUUCCCCUUUCCAGAUGUGGGCUGGAGAUGUGGAGCACACCCGCUGGCUCAUGCAGGUGAAUUUCUUUAGUUAUGUGGCGCUCGCUACAGCAGCUCUGCCCAGCCUGGAGAAGAAUCACGGCUCUGUGGUGGUGGUUUCUUCCCUCACAGGGAAGAUUCCCACUCCUUUCACCACUUCGUACUCAGCCACGAAGUUUGCGCUGGACGGAUUCUUCAGCUCCCUGCGCCACGAGCUGAUGAUGCAGAAGAGGAACGUCUCCAUCACGCUGUGCAUCCUGGGCCUCAUCGACACCGCCACGGCGCUGGAGAAGACCCGAGGCAAAGUCUUCAUCACUGCUUUUCCUGCGCCAGAAGCGGCGCUCGCCAUCAUUCGCGGCGGUGCCGCCCGCGUGCCGGAGCUCUUCUACCCGUGGUGGCUGCGGCACGUGCACGGCCUCUGGGUGCUGCUCCCCAGCCCCCGCGUGCUGCAGAGCUUCUACAACCACAGCGCUUCGGACCGCGGCGCCUGGAAGCCCGGCAGCCCCUGACGGAGCGCUCCGCGUGCGGUGACCGCCCCCCAUCCUCCUCCGCAUCCCCCGGCCGCCCCCCUCGCUCCGCCCCGUAGGCUCGGUUACGGCUCGCGUUCUCCGCCCGGGGCCGGGCCCGCAAGGAGCGCAGCCCGCUGCCCUCGGAGCGCCGCGCACGGACCGGGCGGCACCGCGCCUCGCGGCGGCGGAAGCGCCCGAGCCGGAAGCGGCCGCUGCGGGGUUGCGCCCCGCCCCCCGGGCGGCAGCGGAUUGGCUGGCACUCGAGGGGUAUGCAAAUUGCGCUGUGUUGCGCGCUUUCCUAUUGGCUCCUGGCCCACGUUAGCACCGCCCUAAUGGCGCAAGAGCCGCCCCGCGCAUCGCUCCUCCUCUUGUGGGCGGAGCCACUCUGCUGCUGGCUGCCCAUUGGCUGAGCAGCUGUGGGGGGCGGGGCUCCGCGGGGCCGUGGCGCGCCGGUGCGCUCCGUGCGCUGUGCGGCUGCGCCGGUUCCGUUCCGGUUCCACUCCUGUUCCGGUUCCGUUCCGGUUCCGUUCCGGUUUCGCUCCGUUUCCCCGAAGCGGUGCUGGCGCUGCAGCCGCCGAACGGCCCCGGGUCGCCCCAACCCCAGGCGGCGAACGCAGGGGGCAGCCGGGUUACUUAGGAAGUAAAACUUUUAUUAAAUAAAUUUCAGACUCUGUAGGUCGGAGCGAGGGCUGACACUGACGGAGCGGCGUCGGAUCGGCGAU